UUCCCGAAUUCUUGAGACGUUUCCGAACCGUUCUAACUUCACACGCUUCUACAACAAUAUAUCUGAAUCCCACACUAGCCUUUCCGGAACUCCUAAGGAAAAGGAAAAGGUUAAGGUUGCUUGGUUUUUGUGUUUCGCUCUGAUUAAUCGAAUGGCCAAAGACGGACCCAACUGGGAUGGGUUACUCAAAUGGAGCAUUGCUCACUCCGAUGGAACUCGCCCCAAUCGCAAUUUAAGUGAGGAGGAUAGAAGAUGGUUCAUGGAAACAAUGCAAGCACAGACCAUUGAUGUUGUGAAACGUAUGAAAGAUAUCACUCUUGUAAUGCAAACUCCAGAGCAAGUCUUGAGAGACCAAGGAGUUACCCCAGCAGACAUUGAAGAUAUGUUGGAUGAGUUGCAAGAGCAUGUUGAGUCAAUUGAUAUGGCCAAUGAUCUCCACUCAAUUGGUGGGUUAGUUCCUCUUCUUGGUUACCUCAAGAAUUCUCAUGCCAGAAUUCGGGCAAAGGCUGCUGAUGUUGUGACCACAAUAGUCCAAAAUAAUCCGCAAAGUCAGCAACUUGUUAUGGAAGCAAAUGGCUUUGAACCUCUUAUUUCUAAUUUCAGUUCAGAUCCUGAUGUAAACGUUAGAACUAAAGCGCUGGGUGCAAUAUCCUCACUAAUUCGGCACAACAAACCAGGAAUUGCUGCUUUUCGCUUGGCAAAUGGUUAUGCAGCAUUAAAAGAUGCACUGACCUCUGAAAAUGUGAGAUUUCAAAGGAAAGCUCUCAAUUUGAUCCAUUACCUGUUGCACGAGAAUAGUUCAGACUGCAACAUUGUGAGUGAGCUUGGGUUUCCUCGUAUACUGAUGCACCUUGCCUCUAGCGAAGUUUCAGAUGUCCGAGAAGCUGCCCUUCGAGGCCUUCUUGAGUUGGCUCAGAAUACAAAAGAUGGCUCUGAAGAACAUACUGAGAAAAUGAAACAACUUCUUCAAGAACGAAUAAACAAGAUCAGUUUAAUGUCAGCUGAAGACCUUGGAGCAGCUAGGGAGGAGAGGCAGCUUGUAGACUCCCUUUGGACGACUUGCUUCAAUGAGCCAUCCUCUCUUCGAGAUAAAGGUCUUCUCACGCUUCCUGGGGACGACACCGCUCCUCCUGAUGUUGCAAGCAAAUUUUUUGAGCCUCCGCUUAGAGCUUGGGCUGGUAACCCAUCUUCCAAGAAAGACUCAAAAAGUGAAAAGAAAGAUACCCCUUUACUUCUAGGACCAGUGCCUUCACCUGCAGACUCUAACAAUCAAGUUGGUUCAAGUAGAGGAGGAGAUUCCAGUUCACAGACUGAUACAACUAGAUGAAAUUUUAAUGUUAUCCUCCAUUAUGUAUUCUAUCCUCUAUUUUAUUGGAUUCUAGCUUCUUUUUUAUCUUUUCAUACGAUAGUAAUGCCUUUCUUUCACCCAUAGGCUUAUCAUACUAUGGUGAAUUUUCUUUUAUCUUCUGAUUUUGCUAUUCCCCUGAAUUCCUAGGAUAUCUCUUGAAAUAGCACUUUAACCAGGUUUCCAUGGAUAUUAUAGCAGUUACUAUAGUUUCUUAAUACAUGAUUGCAGUGUUUUUGUAUUUUAGUCCUUGGCAUAGAAUUUUUUCCAAUCCUUGUAUAAAUAUCAUAUUACUGUGUACAUUUUUAAACAUGAGAGGAGGCAUUUGUUGCCUAUAUCAU